UUUGGCCAUUGGGUGCCUGGAGGGUGUGUGUCCUUAUAAGGGCACACUAUUCUGGGCAACGGGAGGCGGUCACCUACUCCGGUAAUACCCGAAGCCAAAGGGGAAACCGGGAGUGUAAGAGUUGACACGAGCUGUUGAGAGCGUGACACUAUGGAUUCGUUUGAAGAAGGAGUCCCAGCUUUUGCCAGAGUAAGGAACUCUGUUCGUGUGGUGACAGAGCCAUCGGUCGGAGAAGAAAGGAUGCGCUACAUCGUGGACGCCAUCCUGGGGGACCUCGGCCAUGUCAGGAGAGAGGAGAUCCUGGCUAUUCAGGAUUACCCCAGGAGGGGUGUCUAUGAUGUCACCUUCGUUGGGGAAGGAGUGUUCACCAGUUUCUGGAGAAUCCUUUCGGAGAACCAGAAGGACGCUCGAUUAGUGGGAUACAAGAUCUUUCCACACUUCGAACAAGAAGAGGUGGUAUUGAUCAUCAAGUCCUAUUCGCCCAAUGUAAAGUUGAAAGAAGUGGAACUCGUAUUGGGUAAGUUUUGCGAAAAACUUACCUUUGUUGGCAGGAUUUUGAAUGGGCUUGGAAUUUGGACUUCAAAGUUCAGAUUUAAAGCCAAGUUCAAGAAAGAUGUGAAGCCGCCUGCAAGAUUUCAAUUAGGAACCUGGAGUCUGGACGUUUUUUUCAGUGGCAUGCCAGCCUUCUGUAAAAGAUGUCGAAUGUAUGGCCAUAAAGAGGAUGAGUGCACAGUAUGUCGGAAUUGUGGGGAAUCUUCCCAUGAUUCAAAGAACUGCAGACAACCAAAGAAGUGCAACCUGUGUUUUGAAAUUGACCAUCUGUAUGCCAACUGUCCAAAAAGAAGUGAAAAGCCUGAGAGGAACACAGAGGAAAGAAAGGAAGAUGACCCCAGUGAAUCUCAGGUAAAAGAAAUUCCAGUAGAACCUAUUGUCAAACCGCGAGUUAAAGAGGUUAAAUUGUCUGAAAAAGAGGAAAAAGUCAAAGUAAAGAGAAAGAAAAAACAAGAAGAGCCGUUACCUAAACAAGAACAUCCGGUGAGUUCAGCAGGAAAAUUGGUAAAACCAAGAGGACGUACAAGAGGGGAGAACUUGCAUCGCUAUUGGAGUGAUAGAACUGUCACAGAGCUUAAUGCGUAUAUCCAAUGCAUGACACAUGGUCGCUACUUGACUAUUUGGCUUGAUGUCAAUUGUAUUACACAGGAGACGUUUUGCUGA